AGCUUUGUAAUGCAUUGAAUCCCAGCGCUCUGUCUGUUGCCUCCCUGCCUACGGUUCUGCCAUCUAGAAUGAGCCCCAGAUAUACAGACCCCCUAUUACCACUUGUACUUAUCAGGCCCUUAAUCUGUACCUUUAUUUUCUUUUUUUAAGCAUUUUUGUGCAUUUCCUACAGAUCUGAGGAUUUUUCAUUUAAUGUUGGCGUCUUCAUAUCAUGGACAGACAAGUUUUCCUCCUGGUCACCACUUGCUUAAAGGGAGUGCUGCUCAUCUUGCUUGUAUUUAACGCUAAUGGAGACGCAACACAUUUUUGUGGCAGCAUGGACAUACGCAAUGACGUAUCCCAAUUCCGCAAGCUGGAGAACUGUACAGUCAUUCAGGGAAACUUGCAGAUCCUGCUCAUGUUUGGCACCAAGCCCGAAGACUUCCGUGGUUUACGAUUUGAACGCCUGACCAUGAUCACUGAAUACCUACUUUUGUUUCGAGUCUAUGGCUUGGAGAGCCUUCGGGACCUCUUCCCCAACCUGUCCAUCAUCCGAGGCACAGAUCUCUUCUUUCAUUAUUCACUGGUGAUCUUUGAGAUGCCCCAUCUAAGGGACAUUGGCCUCCAUAGUCUCACAAACAUCCUAAGGGGGGCUGUGCGUAUUGAACGCAACCAAGAACUGUGUCACAUUUCCACCAUUGAUUGGAGCCUGUUGUCCGAGUCAGUGGAGAAUAACUACAUUGUAGGGAAUAAGCCUGUAGAGGAAUGUUCUGAUGUCUGUCCAGGAAUACGUGAUUUUGGGGAGUCCUGUGUAAAAACCCCUAUCAAUGGAAAUGUUGAGUCUCGCUGUUGGACUUCCACCUCCUGCCAGAAAGUGUGCAAUUGUGGUAAAGAUAUUGCAUGCUCCAACACUGGCGAAUGUUGUCACUCUGAGUGCCUGGGUGGCUGUAACAAGGCCGAUGAUCCCCGUGCCUGCGUGGCGUGCCGUAACUUCUACAUUGAUGAUCAGUGCCUUGCCUCUUGCCCGCGUGGAACAUAUGAGUAUGAAGGUUGGCGCUGCAUUAAAAAGGCUUACUGCAGCAACCUGCGCAAGGAGUCUGAGAACUCUCAGGAGUCUACCAAGUUUGUCAUCUUUGAAAACCGGUGCCUGUCUGAGUGCCCACCAGGGUACACAAGGAAUGAUAGCAUCCUUUGCCAUAAGUGUGUGGGACUCUGUCCGAAGACGUGUAAAAGUGGGAACAAAGUUAUCGACUCCCUUGAAGCAGCAAGAGAGCUGACUGGUUGCACUUACAUCGAGGGAAACUUGAUUCUUAACAUUCGCAGAGGAUACAACCUGGCUUCUGAGUUGCAAAAAUGCAUGGGGCUCAUUGAAACCAUCACUGGCUUUCUGAAGAUCAAACACUCCUUUGCUCUUGUAUCUCUAUCCUUCUUUAAAAACCUGAAGCUGAUCCGAGGUGACACCAUGGUUGAUGGGAAUUACACUUUGUAUGUCUUGGACAAUCAAAACCUUCAGCAGCUUUGGACUCCUGGGAGCCUUUCCAUCCCUGUUGGAAAACUGUAUUUUGCUUUCAACCCAAAGUUGUGCCUGUCUGAGAUCUACCACAUGGAAGAGAUCACGGGAACCAGGGGAAGACAGAAUAAAGCUGAUAUCAAUCCACGCACCAAUGGAGAUCGGGCUUCCUGCAACAGUCACACUCUGCGUUUUGUCAGCAACUGGACAGAAGCUGAUCGGAUCAACCUAAAAUGGGAACGUUAUCAGCCUCCUGACUACCGUGACCUGCUGAGCUUUGUCGUACACUACAAAGAAUCACCGUUCCAGAAUAUAACAGAAUACCUGGGACAAGAUGCAUGUGGAGCCAACAGUUGGAAUGUAGUAGAUGUGGAGCUGCCUCUAAACAACGAGCAAGAGCCCGGCGUUACCCUGACAAACCUCAAACCAUGGGUUCAAUAUGCCAUAUAUGUUCGAGCCAUCACUCUAAGCACAGAAGAAGGACGGCACUUUGGGGCACAAAGUGAUGUUGUUUAUAUUCGAACAAAACCAGCAGCUCCUACUGUCCCUCAGGAUGUCAUGAUCAUGUCCAACUCUUCCUCACACCUGAUCGUUCGAUGGAAGCCACCAACUCAGCGCAAUGGUAACCUCACCUACUACUUGGUACUGUGGCAGCAGAUGAUGGAGGAUAGGGAACUUUACCUGAACAACUAUUGUACAAAAGGUCUGAAGUUGCCAACCAGCAGUGCCGACACCAGAUUUGAUAAUGAUGAUAAUGGCAAUCAAGAUCCCAACCAGGACAACGAAGAUAAGUGUUGCCCAUGUCAGAAGGAUGGUAUACAUCCCGACAUGGAUGAAAGCUCUUUUCAGAAAAAGUUUGAGAACUUCCUGCGGAACACUAUCUUCAUUCCAAAGCCUCCCUGGAAAGUGACAUUAAUCAACAAGGAGAAUCAGAGGCCUCCAAAGACACGGAGAGAUGUAUCAGGAAUGACUCAUGAAGUUCUAGGCAACACUUCCCUUCCAGAAGGAACUGUGAGCCAUACCAUCAAUCACACAGGGGUCGAUACAAAACCCUACUCCUAUAAAGACAAGGUCUUUCGAGAUAGAAUGGUUAUUUCAAACCUAAGACACUUCACUGAGUAUCGGAUAGAUAUCCAUGCCUGUAACCAUGCAGCAGACAUUGUUGGGUGCAGCGCAGCCACCUUUGUUUUUGCCAGGACCAUGCAGGACCCUCUCGCUGAUAACAUAAUUGGGAAUAUCACUUGGGAAGUCACAGUGAAAAAUACUAUCUUGAUGAAGUGGGAAGAACCAGAAAAACCCAACGGGCUAAUCCUAAAAUAUGAGAUUAAGUACAAACGUGAUCAUGAGGAAGGGCCUGCAACUGUGGUGUGUGUGUCCCGCCAAAAAUUCCAGACAAAUAAAGGCGUCUAUCUCACGUUGCUGCAACCUGGAAAUUAUUCUGCUCGUAUCAGAGCCACCUCGUUGGCUGGGAAUGGAUCUUGGACAGAACCAGUUGUAUUUUUCAUUCUUGGUCCCGCAGAAGAACAAUUUGAAAACUUGUAUUUGCUCCUCAAAAUCAUGCCCAUUAUUCUUUUGGUGUUCAUUGCAUUGCUGGCCGUAUUCAUCUUCUUUUACAAUAAAAAAGGAAACAACAAUGGAUUCCCCAAUGGAACAUUAUAUGCUUCUGUUAAUCCAGAGUAUUUCAGUGCUUCUGACAUGUAUGUUGCAGAUGAAUGGGAGUUUCCAAGAGAGAACAUCACUAUCAUGAAGGAACUGGGCCAAGGCUCUUUUGGAAUGGUUUAUGAGGGUGUUGCCAAGGACAUUGACAAGAACGAACCUACAACCCGAGUGGCCUUGAAAACCGUAAAUGAACUGGCAACAAUGAGGGAGCGCAUUGAGUUCUUGAAUGAAGCAUCUGUAAUGAAAGCAUUUCUGUGCCACCAUGUGGUUCGAUUGCUGGGAGUGGUGUCACAAGGACAACCUGCUCUGGUCAUCAUGGAGUUGAUGACAAAGGGAGACCUGAAGAGCUACCUACGUUCCUUAAGGCCAGAUGAGGAGAAUAACAACCCUGGUAACCAGCCAUCUCUUAAGCGAAUGAUCCAAAUGGCAGGGGAAAUAGCCGAUGGCAUGGCCUACUUGACUGCAAAGAAGUUUGUUCAUCGGGAUUUGGCUGCCCGCAACUGCAUGGUGUCUGAAGAUCUUACAGUAAAGAUUGGAGACUUUGGCAUGACCAGGGAUAUUUAUGAAACCGAUUACUAUCGUAAAGGUGGCAAGUCAUUGCUUCCUGUAAGAUGGAUGUCUCCAGAAUCUCUAAAAGAUGGCAUCUUUACGACACAUUCAGAUGUCUGGUCAUUUGGUGUUGUGCUAUGGGAAAUAGCCACGCUGGCAGAGCAGCCCUAUCAGGGAAUGGCGAACGAGCAAGUCCUUCAUUUUGUGAUCGAUAACGGGAUCUUGGAGAAGCCAGAAAACUGCCCAGAUAGACUCCAUGAGUUAAUGCGUUGGUGUUGGCAGAAGAAUCCAAAGCAUCGGCCAUCCUUCCUCCAGAUCCUAGAGAGUAUAAAAGAUGAUUUGCAUACUAGUUUCCAGCAAGUGUCCUUCUUCAACAGCAAGGAGCGUAAGCGGAGUGGAUCAAUGGAGGCAUCUGACACAGAAGUUGACCAAUCUCUGAAUAACUUCUUAGAUGAGCCUCCAUCUCCUUCUUUUACCAACUCUUCCUCUCCAGCUAAGGCAGAAAAAGUCAACUCUCUAAAAACCAUAGCCUCCAAAAGAGAAUCUAGUAAAAACAAAAACUGCUAUCAUAUGAAUGGCCAUGCAAAGCACUGAUACAAGUAUUGCAUAGACUAUUUUUUUUUUUACUUUGUGUAAGUUUCAUAAAGGGCUCUACACGUUUAUAAUGUAGCUUUUACUAGAGUGGUGUCACCAAUGAUUCUAAUGUUGUCCUAUAAACAUGAGGUAGAAGCACAAAGGCCAACAGAUGUAAGCUUCAUUGUGUCUGAUGCUGUAUUCCUUUCCUGAUUACCGAGAGGAAAAAGGAUAUUUUUAAGGUCAGUCUCAAAAGGUGUCUAUUUUGGUGGAUCUGUAGAACAGGUCUAGUGUUUUUAAUUGUAAUAUGGAUAGAUUUUUUUUUUCUAUGUGGUACUGUCAGAAGGACAGGUGCUAGAGUUUUCAUGUGAUUUAGCUUGUGCAUGUGUGAGGAUUCCAGACCAAAUUGUGACAUUGCAGCAGGGGGUAUAAGAAUGGAAAUAAAGAGGACAUAAUGAGUCCUUGCCUUAUAGAAUUAGAGUGCCUUCAAAUUGUGUCUGCUUUUUUUCGCCACGUAUAAAUCCACUGUCAUGGCUUCAGCACGGUGCAUCCUGGAACACUUCAAAUUAAGAAGUCUCCCAAAGUGCCUAAUUUGUCAGUUCUGCCACAUUCUUGACCCACCAGAACACUAACGUGUUUGGAACUCUUCAAUGGUUAUUGUUCUGUUAGGUUAAGGCUGCUGGAACAAGGAAUCUAAAUGAUGAAAGAAAAGGCAGGCAAGCUAUUUAGUGUCAUUUGAAGGAGCUCUAACUCUUUUAAGGAAAAGUUGCCAAGGACACUUUGUCCAUUUUAACACCAUUUUACUUAUUUACUGUAGUGCACUGCUUUCGUCAAGCCCAAGUAGGAAACCAAAUAUGGUUUGGAGAAGCUCCAGAAAGCUCUUCUAGUUUUACUUGUUAUUAUUGUGUUUAUUUUGUCCUACUUUACUGUUUAAGUCUUAAAGAAGAACUCGAGUUUCUAUAUUCUAGUGAUCAAAAGAAGUACAUGACUGAUUUCUCUUAUCACUUCUUUGUGCUUGAACCUCCAAGCUUAUGAAUUCCUUCUGAAAGGAGAACUAAACCCCCCUUUAACCAAAAGUCCCCACUGGCCCCCCUCCCUGCCUCCCCCCUGCACAAUGUUACCCCUGAAUUGUGUUCCCUCUAGAAAUACUGACCGCACAUGCAGAGUCAGCACAGUGGAGCUCACAGGUGCAUCUUCCGGUGCUUCGGUAUUCUAUGGGUCUUCUCCCCUUCUGCAAUUUCCGGUACUUUCGGCACAUAUGCAGUUGUAAACUGCUCCAACUGCGCAUGCGCCAAUAAGGUGCUCACUUUACUAAGAAUACCGAAGUGCCGAAGAUGGCACCCGUGAGCUCCGCUGCGCUGACUCCAGGGCUGGAUUUACAUAGUGGGCGCCCCUAGGCCCAUUGCCAUUAGUUGCCCUGGUCCCCCUCCCCUUUAUUCGGGCAAAUUUUCAUCAUCGGGUCCAGAGCAAUGGGGAUUGGUGCACAGGAAAUGUAAAAAACAUGUUUCUGAACCAAUAUGGGUGUGGUUUAGCAGCAUGCGGCCCUCUAAAAUCCUGCGGCCGGGGCCUUGGUGGCCUUUCCACAAAUCUGGGCCUGGCUGACUUUGCAUAUGUGGUCAGUAUUUCUAGAGGGAAUACAAUUCAGGGGUAACACUGUGGAGGGGGACCAGUGGGGACUUUUGGCUACAGGGGGUUUUAGUUGUCCUUUAAGUGUAAAUUUUUUAAAAACUCUCUGGACUCUGAUUUUGUUCGAGUGAGGAGUUCAGAAAUAGCGUACUAAUUAUCCAAUGACAUUUUAACAUGUUAAUACUUUGAUAUAUAAAGAACAGUCCUCAGGGCCUAAUCCUUGGCCAUUAUCCAAGUCUCAAUCUGUCCUUAACACUGAUGUGUUGUGUGUCAAAACCAGAAUUCAGUAUGGCAUUACCCAAAUAUUCUGUACUUGGGCAUUGAACAUGAGGGAAUGCACAUCUAGACCAUUAUAUAAUAGAACACCGUUGCUUUUUGAAUGGGGAUGAAACUUUCUUGAAGGUUUUUGAUGAUCCUCCAUGAUGGUUCUCUGCGACCAAGGUAGCAUUUUUCUAGCACUUAACAAUAUUCAAGAGUCUAGAUCUGAGAUGUAACUGCUUCACCAAAUCACAAUUCUAGUGCACUUUAAUAACAUUUCAUGCCAGUGGAUCAUCUUAAAUGCUAUGACUAAGAGUACUUCUAAUGUAAUGGACCUUUCCAGCGACUGGCAGAAAUAUAUUCUUUAGUGGCCAUCAGUGAUAUUAACUUUUAUCAUGAUAUAGUUCUAUCCCGUUUUAAACAUUUUUAUUUCACUGCUGUUUGUGAACUAAUUUGUGUGUUGAACAGUGUAAACUGGAUUAGACUUUCCUUCCAGCUAUGUGACCUCCACCCCACUCCACUACAGAGGAUUUUAAGCGCACAAUGGGAAUCCAUUCAACUGAGAGCUAUGCCCUGGAAUCUUAUUGUAGGCUUGACUUGCAUGAGUUUCAGACGUCUCGAACACAAGAUUUUCAGUGUCAACCAAGCCACUUUGUUUGAUUUUAUUGAUUUUAUAAAUGUUGUAUUAAACUGAAGAACAUAAUGUUCAUUGGAAAA